CGGAGGAGGAGCGGGUGGGGCCUGGCUGGGAACACAGAGGCAGACUGUGGUCACUGACCGGAGACUCUACUGGCUUUUAUUCUACUCAAAUCAGACCGCAUGUCUGACCCAGGGGUCCGCCUGCUGCCGGGAGCAAACUGCACUCAUUUCCCCAGUAUUUGACAGAUGGAUGCUGUGCUGUCGUAGAGGAGGAGGAUGAAAAAAUCGCCUGAUAUAUUUUUUGGCAUUUUCGCUCAUAGCCUAUUUAUGGGAGGCAGCGGCGGCUUGGCCCUUUCUUUAUUAUAGGAAAGAGAUCUCCGCGGUUAGCUAUGUGAAGAGCAGAUCGCCUAAUAAUUCUCGUUUCGCGCUUCUGAGGAAUAAUUAUGAACAACGCGCAGGAUAUGUCGCCCGAUUUCGUGUUGAUGCGCCUGGUUUCCGCGGCCGAGGAUGACCGCUUGGACGCGGAAAACGGGAAUCUGCCGCCGGGAGGAGUGGUGGCAGGGCUGGGGAAGGAGGUCCUGGCUCACAGCGGCGUCAAAGCGGGGUUGGAUAUCAGCCGAGAUCCGACGGCGGGCCUCGAGCAUCCCAGCAGCCGCCUGAACAAAGCCCAGCCGAGCGGCGAGGGCACGGCUGCACCUGACACCGGGGUGACGGAGAGCCGAGCCCCGCUGUCCGCGCCUCCUCCGCCGCAGAGCCCCAUGGAGGCCCAGGGCUUUGACUUCGCUCCCAGCCCCGGCCUACGGCCUCAGCUGCUGGUCUUCUCCAAUAUAAUGCGGAACGGAGAAGGGAUUUUAGAAUUAGACCGUCGGAAUCAGCCGAGGGAUGCUCUGGGUUUGGACCAGAGCCCGGGGUCUGGAUGCACCGGCCCGGCUGUCAAUAACAACACUAUGAGCCCCGAAGACGUUCAGCAGCAGCAGAACCUGCUGGACCGGACAUGGGGAGCGCAUCCGCCGGUCUCCGUUACCGCGGAGAUGCAGGGAGCUGCGGAGCUUUGCCGCCGGCACCGACUCAUCACUACCCCACCCGAGUGGCCCUUGUUGACGGAGAGAUCCAACCCUCUCACCGUGAUUGACUCUAAAUGGGGAUGCGCCUCCAGGGACAGAGAGGGAGCCGUGUUUGAGCUGGCCCGGCGGUUCGGGGAGCUGGGGGUCGGUGCGGUACCCAAGAUGCUGCUCAAAGCAGGGGAACUCCCGCAGUGUUCGUGUCAGGGCGCACACAGGCCGGCAGGAGGGGGAGUGGAGCCCGGGGAUGACCCCACAGAGACCAGCGAUGCUUUGUUGGUCCUGGAGGGGCUGGGGAGCGGGGAUGUUGCCGGCCUGGGCAUGGACGAGUGCCCGGAGGGUGAGCCGGACGACGAGAACGUACGCCGCGAGUUUUUACUCAACAGGAAACGAGAAAUAGUUCAGAAAAUGUCCGGGACUUUCUCCAUCAGCAGUUUCCAAGCGGAGCUGAGGCGGCAGGUGGAGGGGAUGGCCCCGGCGGCGACCGAAGCAGCGGCAGCGGCAGCGGCAGCGGCGCACCUUGGCGCGCAGGUGUGCAGCCUCCACGGGAACUUAGCCUGUCGACUCUCGCAGGUAAGCUCCGGGGAUUCAGAGGUUGUCGCCCAGGUUUCAGUCACGUCACCGUCAUCUACACCGGUCCAGAGCUCACCUUGGGCCACGAGCCCAAACCUGAGCCAGGCGUCGACACCCAGAAGGCGGCCGGAGCGGUGCGCCAGUGCGCCACGGACUCCCACGGGCUGGGCCGCGGGUGGGGAAAAGACGCUCAAAGUUCCAGGGAAGUCCAAAAAGGGCUCGUUAAAGAUCCGCCUGAGUAAACUGUUCCGGACUAAAAGCUGCAGCGGCUCCAAUCACCUGCUGGACAAGAGGCCCUCGGUGACCUACUCAGUAUCUUCUGCCGGGAGUCUGGUGGACAUGGCGAGCACAGCUGGUGCUGAGCAGGACGCAGACGGCCACAGCCAGCCCAGAUUGACCAGGGCCCACAGUGCCUUCUCCCCCGCCUCCCUCUCUGCCUCCCUGUCUGCUUUCACUGGUGAGACUGUUUCUCUGGUGGAUGUGGAUAUUUCGCGGCGAGGGGCGAACACGCCACACCCUCCCACGCCUCCCCCUCCUCCACGUCGAAGUCUCAGUUUGUUAGAUGACAUAGCCGGGCCUCAGCCUGGACCUUUCCUAGUGAGUGUUAUGGGCGCCUCUCUGCAGUCCCUCCCUCUGCCUCUCCCUCCUCCUCCUCCUCCCUCCCACGCCACCAUCCAGCACAGUCUCAGCCUCAAUGACGCCUUCCUUCGGGCCCUCCCUCAUUCGACCCCAUCACCUGGUGAUGCUCCACCCCCUUCCAGACAGCCCCCGCCCCCUAUGUUGUGCGCCCUGCGGCGGUCUGAAGCCAGCAACUUCACCGCCAGUCUGAGAGAGCUGGAGAAGUGUGGCUGGUACUGGGGUCCGAUGAACUGGGAGGACGCAGAGAUGAAGCUGAAGGGGAAACCGGACGGAUCCUUCCUGGUCCGAGACAGUUCAGACCCCCGAUACAUCCUGAGCCUCAGCUUCAGGUCGCAGGGAGUCACACACCACACACGCAUGGAGCACUAUCGAGGGACGUUCAGCUUGUGGUGUCACCCGAAGUUUGAGGACCGCUGCCACUCGGUGGUGGAGUUCAUCGAGCGAGCCAUCAUGCACUCCAAGAACGGCAAAUUCCUCUACUUCCUCCGCUCCAGAGUCCCAGGGCUUCCUCCCACCCCGGUCCAGCUGCUGUAUCCUGUGUCUCGCUUCAGCAACGUGAAGUCGCUACAACAUCUCUGUCGCUUCUGCAUCCGACAAAUGGUCCGCAUCGACCACAUCCAGGAGCUUCCACUGCCCAGACCACUAAUAUCCUACCUGAGUAAGUUUUAUUACUACGACCCCGAGGAGGAGACGUACCUGUCAAUCAAGAGCAUCCGGAGGGCGGUGGGAGCGGAGCAAGAGGCCGAGUCGCAGACGUAGCAGCAGAGAUCUUCUCAGCUCAAGUUUCUGUAUGGAGGACUGAUAAGCACUGGUCUGCCAGUCUUCCAGCAUCAGCCAAUCAGAGUCUCCGGAUGUCUCUGUGUCUCUAGCUGGACUUGGAUGGACCUCGCCUCUACCUUGACUUGGACUAACAAAAAGAGGGACGAGUGUUUGCAGCUGGACGGCGGGAAAACUGUCAGUGAGACGUUCAGGUGCAGAGGACUCAGCCUCGUCUUCAGAGGGACUGCAGAGAUGUUCUCACCUGCGAAAACAUGUCGGUUCGAAACAAAUGGAGAAUUAUGAACUUUAUUUGCAAAUUUCCUGAAGCUACUGAACUGGACUUUUAAAAACACACAAUGCACUGGUCGAUUUGUACAACUGUUGUUUGCUGCCGUUUCCUUGUUUUUCCUUCCAUGCUGUCAAAAGGAGGGUUUUUUGGAUUAAAAGUUGCCCUCGGGACAGAUAUACACACAGAGGCAGGGCAGCAGAGGCCCAUCACUGAGCAGUCAGACAGUCAGGCCACAAUGUUGGAGGACCUAUAAUCUUAUACUGGGUAACCUGAAUAGCUUUUCUGCCUGGAAAUAACAAAUUUACAAUAUUAACUACAGUGCUAAUGUAAUACUAAUGUCAGUAACAAAUACCAGCCAUAAAAUUUACUCGAAAUAUGUGGAUUGGUUCUCUCAGCUGGUCGUUUAUACGUCAUAAACAUCUCCAUCUUUUGUGUUUUUUAAGCCUGAUUAUAAGAACAAAUUGCCAUGUCAUUUCAGUUAAGAUAUUUUGUCUGACGUUGGGAUUUCUGUUUGCGAGACGGGGCUAUUUUGUUUUGAUUCCAACUAAGUAGUGAGAGAUGUAUCAGUCCCACUGAUGUCAUUUUAAAUGUACAUGGACGCUGUGAGUAGCAGUUACCUUAUUUGCCAUAUCUAAUGAUGGAACAGGCAGAUUACUACACCUGUAAAGUGACCAUUUGUCCAUCAGUUACUCACCGUGUGUUACCCACAUGCCUCUGUGGGUACUGGAGAAUUUAGAAAAGGCAAACAUUCUUCUUGAAGUAAACAUGGUCCGCGUCUGCCAGCAAAACUAUAUCAAAACAUCUGUUUACAACUUCUCACACAACUAAUGCAGUAUAAUCCAAGUCUCAUUAGCAGAGCUGAGGGCACACUACUUGUAGCUGAAGUGCUUUAUAUUCAUAACGUUUUAGUGAAAACGCAUGUAUCCAUACGACUGGAUAAAUGAGACUUGGAUUAUACUGAGAUUGCGGAUACAAGCAGCUGAAAUGAGUUUCCUCUGUGGGGUGUCUGGGCUCAGCC